AUGGGUGCUUCUGAAAGCUCGGAACGAUCAAUUGAGCGCGAGGAAAUUCGGGUUCCAAAUAGCUGCUUCGAACGGGUGGAGAGGAUCACUCGGAAUAGAGAUGGGAAACUUCUCACAGGAUUGCUCUUCGAAAGUUCACCGGCUUAUGCAAACGAAUGCAGGACUGCCAUCCAGCAUCUGAAAAGACUACGCCAUCCGGACAUCCUAAAGCUUUUGUCGCAAAAAGAUCUUCGAGAAGGAUCCUUCUUAACAGAAUACGCCGAGCCAAUUUCCGAACAUUUGAAGAAACUCGGAUCCUCCCAAGUGCAAAAUGGUCUCUUCUCACUUGCAAAUGCCUUGAAUUUUCUACAUGAAUCCGCACGGAUCUCCCAUAACAAUAUUUGUACCUCGUCGAUUUUUAUACGACCGAAUGGCAGCUUUGCGCUUGCGGGCUUUGAAUAUGCCUUGGACAUCAACGAUCCGGUGAAGCCGAGGCAAAGACUUCAGAAUGAAGCGUUUUUGGGAGUACAGAAAGAGGAAGACGGUUCUGGACGGGAUGCGUAUUUGUUUGGGCAGCUCAUAAAGGAAUUGUCGCAACAUUGCGAGUUGCCGGAAGGGCUUAUUGAAUUGGCUGAUGGGCUUUGUCGAAAAUAUCCGGAGGAGAGGUUAUCAUUGAAGGAAGUGCUUGUACAUCCUGCCUUGAAGAGUGAUUUACCGUUGAUUAUGGAUAAAUUGAUAAAUUUUUCGCUGCUUGAUGAAGAAGCUCGGGUGGAAUUUGUUCGAUCGUUGCCGGAUAGAUUAGCUGAUUUGGAUCCGACAUCGGCGGGUUGUCUUUUGUCGAAACCACUCCUCUCUCGGCCGGUGAUGUUUUGUAAGGAAACUCACGAAGGACUAUAUCCGCGGUUAUUACUACCCCAAGAUGAUUCCAACGAUGGUAUAUUGCCAUUAACCGUCUUUCAAAAAUAUACUGUUCCGGAGAUUCUCUAUAUCUGGAAAGUACGGGACAUUGGUGUACGCUUGCCCCUCAUCACCUUUCUCCCAUUAUAUAUCAACGCUCUACAAAGAUCCGACCUGGAGAAAAUGAUCAUCCCCGAGCUGCACGCUGGUGUAGAUGACGUACACCCAGAAAUCGUUGCUUCUUCUUACGAAGGACUUGCGCACUGUGUUCGGAUUCUUGGCCCAACUACCGUAACUGGAAUGAGGCCGAAGAAGAUCUUUAGAGAUGGACAGCUCGGUACACAGAAGGCUGUUAAUGGCUGGACGGCAACGGCAACCAGCAUUAUUCCACCAGAAAUACCGACAGCUCAAAAUUCUGUGUUUCACAGUCCGGCGGCCGCGUCGACAUCCGCAGUGUCUAGUGCUAGUGAAGAAAUUUCCAACGAAGAAAGCGAGGAAUGGAACGAAGAAUGGGGCGAAGAAGAGGCAGUUGACACGGAAAAUACCGACAGCACACCGAUUGCAGAAAAUAGCUACAGUACCCCGGUGGGGACUAUUGGGCCACCCAGUAGAGAGACAUCAACUUCGAGCCAUAAACCGAUAAUCCCCGUUAUUGUUGAUGUCAAGGAAAUUACUCUGAGAACCGAAGAAGAUGAUUUCUUUGCGGACAUGGCUCCAAAAAUUAAGACGGGUGAAUCCCUAAUUGACAAGCUGAUUCGGGAAGCUGAUGAGUUAGAAAAGACUUCAAAAGCUGAAAAAAUCAACACUCCACCCGAAAAAGGAAUACCCCAAACGAAAUCUGCCCUAUUUCAACUGGCCGCUGAUAAUAAUAUAGAAGAUAUUGAGGGUGACGUUUGGGAAGCCGAAAUAGCCAUCGAAGAU